GUGCAGAUGGCGGACGCGGAGGCUGACGCGGCCCUGCAGCCGGAGAUGCAGCCGCUGGCCGCCGGCCUCCGAGCCCGGCUGUGGCAGCUGCAGGCGGAGCUGAGCGAGCAGGGGGUGGCCGAGGCGUCGUCGGGCGCCUAUUGCCGAGGGUUCUGUCAGACAUUGCUGCAAUAUGCUGGCAGUCGGGGUGCUUCAGAGCACGUUUUGCCUUUUUUGGAAGUGUAUCGAGUCGCCAUUCAAAGCUUUGCCAAUGCCCGACCUUACUUGACUACAGAAUGUGAAGAAGUUCUUCUGGUACUUGGCAGGCUAGUGCUGAGCUGUUUUGAACUACUGCUUUCUGUGCCUGAAAGUGAAGAGCAGUGUGAACCAUUGUUGAGACUGUUUCAGUCCUUACAGGAUUCCCAUAAUGCUUUACUUGAAUUUGGAGAUAAUAGCCUUGAAAUACUGGCUGACAUCUCCAAGGAAGGUGUGUGGAAGAAUCCAGUGUUUUUGAAGAUUAUAUCGCAGCAGCCAGUAGAAGCAGAAGAAGUUGAUAAGCUGAUUAAACGAGAAGGACCAGCCUUUCUGCAGAUGCGAAUUAAACAUCUGAUGAAGACAAACUGCCUUCCUCAAGCUGCUUCAUUGUCCAAACUUUGUAAAGAGUCCCCCGAAAUUUCAGAUGUAUCACCUUUUCUGCAAGCCUACAUCACAUGUUUGUGUUCCAUGCUUCCAAAUGAAGAGUCUAUCAAAGAGAUUGCAAAGGUGGAUUGCAAAGAGGCCCUGGAUAUGAUAUGUAAUCUGGAAGCUGAGGGCCAAGACAGUACUGCAUUUAUUCUUUGUACGACGUACCUCACUCAACAGCUUCAAACUGCAAGUGUAUACUGCUCAUGGGAACUAACUCUAUUUUGGAGCAAGCUGCAAAGGAGAAUUGACCCAUCUUUAGAUUCCUUCCUGGAGCGAUGUCGGCAGUUUGGUAUCAUUGCUAGAACGUUGCAGCACUUGUUUUUCCUGAUAAGAGUCAUACAAGCCGAAGCAGAAGAAGCAGGGCUUGCUGUGUCCAUUUUGUUAUGUGUGAGAGCCCUGCAGCUCAGAUCAAAUGAAAAUGACGACAUGAAGACCUCUGUAUGCAAAACAAUUGCAUGCCUUCUUCCGGAAGACCUUGAAGUUAGAAGAGCAUGCCAGCUCACCGAAUUCUUACUUGAGCCAAGCGAGGAAGGAUAUAACCUGCUAGAAGAGCUGUACCUGCAGCCAGAUCAGAAAUUCGAUGAAGAAAAUGCACCAGUUCCAAACUCACUCCGUUGUGAGCUCCUGUUGGCUUUGAAGGCUUAUUGGCCAUUUGAUCCGGAAUUUUGGGAUUGGAAAACUCUGAAGCGGCAUUGUCUCAAAUUGUUAGGGAAAGAAGUUUCUGAGUCAGAGGAUGACCUGAGUUGCAAUGAGAUGUCAUUCAAUGAAACUGAACUGUUAGAUAGUCUCUUAAGUGACUGUGAAGAAAGCAGGGAGGAGAAUAAUUUUGAAGGUCACGAUAUAAUAAUUCGGCCUAAAGAGAGAGUGAGAGUCAAAAAGCCAAUUGGCUCCUCUGAAAGGUACCAGAGAUGGCUGCAGUACAAAUUCUUCUGUGUCAUUUGCAAGAGGGAGUGUAUAGAGGCCAGAAUACUUCACCAUUCUAAGAUGCACAUGGAAGACGGCAUUUUUACAUGUCCAGUGUGUAUCAAAAAGUUCAAGAGGAAGGAUGUCUUUGUGACGCAUGUAAUGGAGCAUGUGAAAAUGCCUCCUAGUAGAAAGUAUCGGGCCAAGACAAAGAUGCUGAUGAAGAAAGAGAGGCGGGCGAAGAGUAGCCUGGCCAGGAUGGCCUCUGCCGCCCUUGAAGAGAAUCAGCCGCUGAAAAUGAUGCCGUGUGAAAAACCCAGGAUUGACACGCAGGACUACGUCACGUUUCGCAAACUCGAAAACUGCCACCUGCAAGACAGAGACCUGUACCCGUGCCCAGGUACGGAUUGUACCAGAGUUUUUAAGCAAUUCAAGUAUUUAAGUGUCCAUUUGAAAGCUGAGCACCAAAACAAUGAUGAAAACGCAAUGCACUACUUGGACAUGAAAAACAAGCGCGAGAAGUGUUCGUAUUGCAGGCGGCAUUUCAUGUCGGCGGUUCAUCUGCAGGAGCAUGAGCAAGUACACAACGGCCCUCAGCCUUACAUGUGUGUGUCUGUGGGUUGCUACGCUCGGUUUGGCUCCGUGAACGAGUUGCUGCAUCACAAGCAGCAGCACGAUGAUCUGCGUUACAAAUGUGAGCUCCGUGGCUGUAACAUUGUCUUCAGCGACUUGGCCCAACUCUAUCACCACGAAGCCCAGCAUUUCAGGGAUGCGUCUUACACGUGUAAUUUCCAUGGCUGUAAAAAGUUCUACUACUCAAAAACUGAGUUUACAAAUCACCUUUCAAUGCAUAUUUCAAAUGGUGAAAUGAAGGAGAUGCCGAUGAAGCAUGAGGAGAUGGCUUCCUGCGAUAGCUUGGCCCGCGUUUCCGAUUCGGAGGUGUUUGAACAAAAAGACCCUUCCCAUCUGCAGGAGACUCUUAGUUUGCCUUCCGGAUCUACAAAUUCAGAGGGAAUUCUGGAAGUUAAACAAGAGCCUCUGUCUGACGGAGAGGUGGAUGGCAAAAGUAAUGGCAGUUUCGGGAGCAAUAUUGCACCCCUAGCCAAUGAGAAGCCGGUGACCUUGUUGACUGAAACGGGAGAUUGUGCCCAAGCAAUUUCUAGCGUUUUAUUACCCCAUGAAAAAGUCUUCCUUACUUCCAGUUUAAAAGAGCGGUAUUCAAAUGUGGCCGUCUACUUUGAUGGGAAAAGGUUUACCUGCGGCUUCGAAGGCUGUGGUUCAACAUACAAAAAUUCAAAGGGUAUGCAAAAACAUCUUCGAAGGGCUCAUCCAUACCAUUUCAAACCUAGAAGGAAGCUGGGCCUGAAAGUGAAAGAUAUUAGUCAGUGCAAUGAAAGUCUACAUAACAGCACUGCUGGGGAGAUUAGUUCGGAGCUCCAACUUAAUUCAGAUACAAAUGCAGACUCUCCAGGCGUUAUAGAUUGUAAUACAAGCUCUAAGAGCAAAAACUAUUUAAAGGAAGAGCCCUGUCCCUCCUCCCCAGAAACCUCUUUUUUUGAGCCUUCUAAAGUGUCAAGUACAGAAGAUGCAAUGCUGGAACUCUUGUUGGGCUUGAAACAUUUAAGUUUAAAGAAUUCUAGCGGGCAUAUUGGAAAUUCUUCCAGGCUGCUGCAGUCGUAUUCAUCGAAGUACUCCAACUCGGAAGAUGAUUCUACCUCAGACCAUUUCCUUGAAGAGCAGCGAGGCAAACUACCAACCCAAUACCUUACCCAAUUGGCAGCCAAGCCGUUUUUCUGCGAGCGUCAAGGUUGCACAUGUGAAUUUGUGACCAGAGAAGCACUGUUGACGCAUUACGUUCGAAAACACAAUUAUUCGAAGGAGAUGGUGCUUCGGUUGAAUAUGUUUCAGCAUCGCUAUUCACCUUUUAAAUGUCAUAUUUGCCAAAGAUCAUUUACGAGAAAAACACAUCUUAGAGUCCAUUAUAGAAACAAGCAUAAGCUUGGCAAUAUGACAGCAGCUCAGAAACUGUUUGGUAAUGACAGUUUUGAGGAUAUGGGGGAGUGUGCUGAGGAUAUGCUGAACAGCAGCGUGGCUUCAAUGUCUUCCUUCUAUGCCAAUACAGAAGAAGAACUGGAUGACCAAGCCAAGCUGUCUGGUGAGCCGCAGUGUCAUCCCAAGAAGGAAGAGCUUAGUUCUGAAACAGAUCUGGAAUCUAGUGAAGAAGCGGAAAGCUGUGUAACUGGGAAACAGAUGAAACUCGCUGCCUUAGAAAGCCACCGGAAAGGACUGGAAGCAAGAGAAGGGAGGGGAAGUAAAAGAACAGUUGCCAAAGGGAAUUUGUGUUACAUUUUGCAUAAAUACCACAAGCCGUUCCAUUGUAUUCAUAAAAACUGCAAUUCCGCAUUUACUAAUCAGAAAGGGUUGAUUCGUCACUACAGAACUGUGCAUCAGUAUAACAAAGAGCAGCUCUGCCUAGAAAAAGACAAAGCAAGAACAAAGAGAGAACUUGCCAAAUGUAAAAAAAUAUUUGUUUGUAAACAUAAGGCGUGCAGCAAGCGUUUCUUGUGCUCUAAAUCUCUUGCUAAGCAUUGCAGUGACUUUCAUACCCUCGACCACGUAGAGGAUUCAAAAGGGCUCUCUGAAACGGAGUCGGUGAGAUUUCCUUGUCAUCAUCCUCAUUGCCCUGCUGCAUUUUAUUCCUUCCACAAAUUAAAGCAUCACCUGACGGAAGAGCAUGAGAAGGACGAAGAAAUGAACAAAGAGAUUGAAAUCCAUUGUGAUCUUAACGGCUGUAACAGAGUUUUCACAACGUACAGCCUCUAUUCCCAACAUGUAUAUUUCCGACACAGCGAUUACGAUGGCAUCUCAGAAGGUGCGAAAGAGAAAGGGAACUGCCUUAAAGAUGACGAGGAGCAAAGCUGCUUAAAAGGCCAGUGUCUCAGGCAUGAAGGGAGUGAGAAAAAGAGGCAGCUCAAUGAAAAGAAUAACAAUAAAAAUAAAGGAAAGCAACUGUAUAGCUUCAGAACAAGGGAGGAAGCCCUGCAGAUGUGCAGAGACAACUGCAACCAGACACAGUAUCCUUGCAUGGUUCGGGGGUGCCCCUCUGUAGUAAAACUGGAAAGCAGUAUUGUGAGACACUAUAAGCGAACCCACCAGAUGGCCAGUGCUUCUAUCGAACAGCAGUAUGAGGAACUGGUCCUUUGUGUCGAAUGUGGUACUGUGAUAAAUGACUCCUGUUUAGAAGCAAGUCCGGAUUCAAAUAAAGAGGCAAACGGUGACUUGAAGCAGGAGGUGGCAGCACACCUGGCGUAUCAACACGGCAGGGGAGAACGUCUUGUUUUGAACUCAGAUUGUGAUCGUGACGAUAAAGGCCGCAGAAACGGCAGGGGUUCUGAGGGCGAAAAGGCUCAAGAGGCUGGUGUCUUCUUGUACACAGGCACUUUAAAACAUAUCCACAAUACAAAAACCAGAUGUUUUAAAGAAUGUAGUCUAGCGGGGUCGCCUGAGCAGUGUAAAACAGAAGCGGGAGACUUGCCCGGCAGUGAUGGAAAAGGAAAUACCUCUUACUGCACGAGGUCAGAUGUGCCGUUACCAAGGGAGGAAGACGCAAGUGACUGGCAACACACAUCACAGCAGAGCACUAAAGAACUUCCCGUUUCUUCUGCAAAAGACAAAAUGCAGAAGCAGGCGGUGCCCAAGCCCUUUGAUAUAAAGUCCUUCAAGCCAAUGGGGUUUGAGUCUUCAUUUUUGAAGUUCCUUCAAGAAAGUGAGGACCGAAGGGAUGAUGAUGAUGAUGAUGAUUCUGAGGAUGAGUGGGAGCCAACUGAACAAUGUGAAAUGGAUGGUGUGGUAAAAAAAGAUAAAGACUCUAAAAGGGAUGUGUCGCAGAGCAAGGUCACAUAUGAAAAUGCCCCCGUGGCAGCCGUGCCCAAGAAGAACAACUCCAAAGCUCAUAGGGAGCUGAGAGGUAUACAGCCUCUCUUGUCAACGGACUCUCCUUCUAUCCCUUCUCUUGAAAACCUGAGGGUCAUAUUGGACAAGGCAUUAACAAAAUGUGGGGACCAUGCCUUAAAACAACUUCAUUAUUUACGACCAGUGGUUGUUCUUGAAAGAUCUAAAUUUUCCACAUCCCUCAUAGACUUUUUUCCAACAAAAAAACCAGAUCACCUUUGUGUGGGAAGUUCAUAAAUUGUUGUGUUUAUUUAAAAGAAAGAGAAAAGACUGCCCUCCAAAACUGCUACAUGGGGAAAAAAAUUGCUAAUUUGGUUCAGUGCACAUGUUGUCGAGGUUAGAUUAGGCUGUUCAGUUCCAUGAAUGUAUGACAUCUGUCUACAGUAUUGGCUAAUAUAGCUCCCUUGUUAAAUUAAGAGAGAGAGAGAGAGAGAGAGAACGAGAACUGAUAUUUUGGUGCUAAUUAACAAUAUUGAAUGGGGAGGGGGGGCUUCCUCUUGCAGAUUAAAUGUGCAUGAUUGUAUAUGGAACAAGUACUUAGGGUACCAAGGUUGGGUGGGGGAGGGGGGGAAGGAUGGAAAUCUUACUUGACUUGAAUGUGCACCUCCAGGGUGCUUUGUGUAACAUAUUGUACACUACAGCAUCUUAUAUUUUUUGAGUUAUGAGUUUCAAUAAAAUGAAUUUUUUCACC